UAUUAAUAAAAAUAAAAAUAAAAUUAUUUAAUUAUUAAAUAUAAAUACAAUAAAUAUAAAUAAAAAAAAUGACAAAAUUAAAUAUUGGAGACCAAGCACCAGAAUUUACUUUUCCAAACCAAGAUGGUAAAGAUAUAUCAUUAAGUCAAUUCGAAGGUAAACCAAUUGUAUUAUAUUUUUAUCCAAAAGAUGAUAGCCCAGUAUGCACAAAAGAAGCUUGUGAAUUCAGAGAUAAAUAUCAAAAGUUUAUAGAAGCUGGCGCAGAUGUUAUUGGUGUUAGUCAAGAUGAUACUAAAAGCCAUUAUAAGUUUACAUCUAAAUACAGUUUACCAUUCACAUUACUUUCAGAUAAAGGAGGUAAAUUGGCUAAAUUAUAUGGUGUUGGUAAAACCGCAUUUAUUUUACCAGGUAGAACAACAUUUAUUUUAGACAAAAACCACAAAAUUGCAUUAAUUCAUUCAAGCCAAUUUAAUUCGCACUCCCAUAUCGAAGAGUCUUUAAAAGUUAUAGAAAGUUUAAAAAAUAAAUAAAAUAAAAUAAAA